AUGAGGAUUGUCAGGCAGUUCCUGUUAGACUGUGGCAGUCACACAGUGGCUGUGAGGUGGAAAGAUGAAGAGGAGGUGAAUAAUCCUGCGAAACCGGGGAGUUUCUCCCGUUAUAGUGAUGACACAGGUGUCAAUAUUUUGCAGCCGCCUUUGAUAAUUCAAGAUCGCAUUGAAUUGAACCGUCUUGUUCAUCUGCGCUGUGUGGUGAGGACUGGGGAAGCUAAUGAGAUCCUGUGGUUCGAGAAUGGGUAUCCCAUUAAAGGUGGUUACAUCUACGAGAUGUCCAUUGACAACAAAACUCUGACUAUAAAUGCUCCACAACUUCCAAGCUGUGUGCUGUAUACCUGUGUGGUCAGAAACAAAGUCAGUGAGAACAGGAACUCCCACUUGUUCCUCAUAGAAGAACUGUUGCUGCUCCAUGAGUUCUCUCUCGUGAGCUCCGUUGUUGCCCUGGUCAGCACAUCAAUGUCCUACGCUGCCGAGGCUUUCAUCCUGCUCCAUGCCUUCCAGGUGUACAAAGUUCACAAGAGACAUGUGAUACUCACUUCUGCUUUUGUCUUCUGCCAUACGCUCUCCUCCAUUUCUCUGCUGAUUUCCACCCUCCUCUGUACUCUAGAUUCAGGUUAUCCUGUAGCGUACAGAAUGAUUGAAGGACUUGCAUUUUUCUUAAUUUUACCAAAUGUCUCUUUCGUUCUCUUCUAUUUCCUGAAACCUGACAGUCAAGAGAAAAGACCGUUUGUGAUCAAGAAAGUCCGUCGUAACUUCUUUCUGGUGAGCGGAGCUAUAGCAAUAACCAUUCCACUCAUUCCAAUUAACAGAGGACUAUAUAACGGUGAGUGUUGCAGUAAACAGCAGCAAGGUUCAGGACUGGUUUCUGUAUGUUGUGAAUGA